UUCACUCUAGACUUCUGUAGUAACUUUCUGACUCGCUUACACACACCAACAGCUCUGAGAGAGGCAUGCUCUGAAGACAUAAAGCAGAGCAGAAGUGUGGAGAGCAACUGAUAAUAACAAUAUAAGAGUUUUUUUUAUUUGUCUCUUGAGGAAAUAACCCAGCAUGUACCGGGACAUGGUCCUCAGGAGCGCCGGGCUCUGGGUGAUUCUUAGUUUAGCAGUCGGUCAGCUGACUGAGCAGGAGAUAUUAACUAUCGUGGAUUUGCACAACGAACUCCGCUCUCAAGUUCAGCCCAGUGCCGCCUUCAUGCAGAAAGUGGUGUGGGACGAGGCCAUCCGUUUGGUUGCAGAAGGAUAUGCAGCAAAAUGCAUCUGGGAUCAUAAUCCUGAACUCGAGGAUCUCACAAUGGGGGAAAACCUCUUUGUAGGCACUGGACCAUUUAAUGCAACCAAAGCGGUCAUGGACUGGUUUAAUGAAAAUUUGGAUUACGAUUAUGACAAAAAUGACUGUGCUGAUAACAAAAUGUGUGGCCAUUACACUCAGCUGGUUUGGGCAAACACUACAAAAAUCGGCUGUGCUACUUAUUUUUGUGACACUCUGGAGCAACUGGAUUUUGAGAAAGCCACGCUUCUUGUCUGCGAUUACUACCCUCAUGGAAAUAUUGAGGGCCAAAAGCCAUAUGAGUCUGGAGAGUCGUGCUCAAAAUGUCCUGAUGAAAAGUCAGAAUGUGAAAACAACAUCUGCGUGGUGGAGAAUCUAUUUCCUCCUUCUGAAGAGCCAGAUAUAGACCCAGAAAAUCCGACUGUCUUACCUGAUUCUCCUCACAUUCCAGAAAAUCCAGCUGUUUUACCUGAGUCUACUCAAAUGUCGACGGUGCCCAAUGUUCAAGAGCUCACAGAAGUGCAUGUUGAAAUUGAGGAGAGAGACAUGCUGAUAAAAAUAAUCAGUCAGGGAUCCACAAUGCAAAGUGUUUCAGCUCCGCUACUGAUGCUCUUCUGGCUGCUGGCGGCCUUUAUUUUGUGAGGGUUUGCAGUGAAGAUCCAUAAUUUCCUGAUGAGAAACACAGAAAAAAAAACAUACCAGAUCUUAUUAUUUUUGUCUUGUUCUCCUGUGUAAACAUCUAAACAUAUAUGCAGAAAUCAGAAAAUAAUGAGAAGCAAAUUGACCCAUACUGUCCCAAAAGUCAGCUCAAAGAAAUAGAUUUGUUUACCCCAUGAUUUUUUUUAAAUACAAUUGCAGUUUUUAUAGCACAAUCACAUUUAAAUUUGACAAUUUCUUCAGAAAACUAGUGUGGUAAAAACCAUUCAAAUUAAGUGUAGACAGACAGAUAGACAGAUAUAGAGGAUGGAUGGAUGGAUGGAUGGAUGGAAAAACAAACAAAAGGAUGGAUAGAUGGAAAAACAAACAAAAAGAUGGAUGGAUAGAUAGAUAAUUGUAAUUAAAAUGACAACAAUUCUAUGUAUUACAUUUUAAAGAAGGUGACACGGUGGCUCAGUGGUUAGCUUUGUCAUAUGACAGCAAGAAGGUUGCUGGUUCAAUUCCCAGCUGGGUCAGUAGGCAAUUCUGUGUGAAGUUUGCAUGUUCUCCCCAUGUUGGCGUGGGUUUCCUCUGGGUGCUACGAUUUCCCCCACAGUCCAAACACAUGCGCUAUAGGUGAAUUGAAUUAGCUAAAUCGGCUGUAGUGUAUGAGUGUGAAUGAGUUUGUAUGGAUGUUUCCCAGUACUGGGUUGCAGGUGGAAAGGCAUCCGCUGUGUAAAACAUGUGCUGGAUAAGUUAGUGGUUCAUUCUGCUGUGGCGACCCCAGAUAAAUAAAAGGACUAAGCUGAAGGAAAAUGAUUUUACAGACGGACAGACGGACGGACGGACGGACAGACGGACGGACGGACGGACGGACGGACGCACGGACAGACAGACAGACAGACAGACAGACAGACAGACAGACAGAUAGACAGAUAGACAGAUAGAUAGAUAGAUAGAUAGAUAGAUAGAUAGAUAGAUAGAUAGAUAGAUAGAUAGAUAGAUAUUGUAGUUUUAGAGAUUAUUCUAUUAUAUUAAGUUGAUUUGGGACCACAGUCUGAUUACUAUUUUUUUUAUUAUUAAACAUGAACUCAAUAUCGAAAGCAAUUAUGCUUCUCAAGUAUAUCUUGAUUUUAUAAUGUUUGCAUAUUUAUACUGGACAAAAGACAAAAAUGCGGAGGAUAAAAACGUGUUUGGCAAUGUCUCCACAGUUUAAUACGACUGCCCUUACUCUAUACUUUAUGCACAAAUAUGACAAAAGUUCAUAGAACGAAAUCAUAAACCCAAAGCAUUUGAAAAUUGAAAAAAAAAAAUAUAUUUUUAAUUGAUUUCACUUACUUUUUGAGUCCCUUGGACUUAUGGUUUCGUUAUGAAUCACUUAUCCAAAGACAUACAGUAUUACCUACCCCUGAAGCAUGUUUUUGUUUGAUUUUGGAUUUAUGAAACUUCAAUAUAGUUUCAUUAUAGUUUAUAAACAUUCAACAUCGUCCACGUCUGAAACAAAAAGUUACAGAUUAUUACUACAUCACUGAAGAAACACAUAAUUAAGAUAAAAACAGUUCCCAUUUUUCAUGUCUGGGGCAUUUCUAAAGCUUUAAAAAGUAAAUCUGCUUCAAACUCUGAUACUCUCGUUGACAUUUUAAGAGUCUUAAUAAAGAAUUGUUGAGUAUUAGGUCUGAUAAAUGUAAAUACUCUUUGACAAGGUUGAAUAUCGAGCAAUAAUCCUUUUGGUUGACAUUAGUGAGAUUUGUUUAUCUCCUAGUGACGUACGACAGACUUUUCAAUGUGUAAAUUUAAUGAAACUCUUGACUCAUUAUAAACAGACUUGAAUUAGGACAGCAGUGACAUUAUUAUCCACUGUAAACAAGACAGAUGGGAAAAAACAAAGAGAAAAUGAAGGUAAAAAAACUAGAGAAAGCAGAAAUAUUGUUCUAUUGCAGCUUUUACACUACCUGACAAAAGACUUGUCAUCGAUCCUAGUUGUAACAGCAACAAAUAAUAACUUGACUUCUAGAUGAUCAUUUGGAAAAAUGGCAGAUUUUUUGAUGAAUCAUCUGUUGAACUGCAUCUCAAUCAUUAAAAAUAUUGCAGAAGACCUACUGGAACCCGCAUGGACCCAAGAUUCUCACAGAAAUCAGUCAAGUUUGGUGAAAAUUCAUGGUUUGGAGUUACAUUCAGUAUGGGGGUGUGCAGGGAGAUCUGCAGAGUGGAUGGCAACAUCAACAGCCGGCGGUAUCAAGACAUUUGUGCUGCCCAUUACACUACAAACCACAGGAGAGGGCAAAUUCUUCAGCAGGAUAGCGCUCCUUUUCAUACUUCAGCCUCCACAUCAAAGCUCCUGAAAGGAAAGAAGGUCAAGGUGCUCCAGAAUUGGCCAGCCCAGUCACCAGUCCAGUCACCAGUCCUGCAGGAACGCUUUCUUUGCCAUUCCAGAUGACUUUAUUAAUCAGUGGUUUGAGUCAUUGCAGAGAUGUAUGGAUGCAGUCCUCCAAGCUCAUGAUGGAGUCAUACACAAUAUUCAUUCUGUUUCCACUGCAGCAUGACUUUAUAUUCUAUACUGGACAUCAUUUCUGUUAAGUGACAAGACUUUUGUCAAAGCAAAGUCAGACCUUACUGUUCUAAUUAAAUAAUUAAAAAACAAGGCAUGAUCAUAUUUUAUUUUGGUCAAAUGAGUAAUCUAGAGGCCUUUGCCUUUCAUAUAAGCCUCCUCUGAUACCAAAUGAUCCAAUAGAAGUCAAGUUAUUAUUUGUUGUUCCUAAAACUUGAAUAGGCGACAAGACUUUUGUCAGGUAGUGUAUACAGCUUUUUUAAAUGUUAAAAAAAAUCAUGCAUGUGUUUGGUUUUAUAUCGUUUAUUCAUCCCAAUGUCUUCUAAUGUUUACUGUAAAUAUGAUUAUUUUGCUGCAUGUAUUCGUUUUGAUGCAGCAGGUGUAAUGUGUUUGCAUGACAAUCAUGCUUUUUAUACAUUUUCAGUACAGCAUGUAUUUAAAUAGAGCACAAUCACAUGCUGUCAAAACAUAACGUUACAUUUAUGCACAGUUGAAGUCAGAAUUAUUAGCCCCCCUUUGAAAUUAUAAAUAUUUCCCAAAUGAUGUUUAAUGGAGAAAGGAAAUUUUCACAGUAUGACCGAUAAUAUUUUUCCUUCUGGAGAAACUUAUUUGUUUUAUUUCGGCUAGAAUAAAAGCAGUUUUUAAUUUUUUUAAAUCCAUUUUAAGGUCAAAAUUAUUAGCCCCUUUAAGCUAUUUUUUUUUCAAUAGUCUACAGAACAAACCAUCAUUAAUCAAUAACUUGCCUAAUUACCCUAACCUGCCUAGUUAACCUAAUUAACUUAGUUAAGCCUUUAAAGGUCACUGCUGUGCAGAAGUGUCUUGAAAAAUAUCUAGUGCUGUCAUCAUGGCAAAGAUAAAAUAAAUCAGGCUUUAGAAAUGAGUAAUUAAAAAUAGUAUGGUUAGAAAUGUGUUCAAAAAAAUCUUCUCUCCAUUAAACAGAAAUUGAGGAAAAAAAAACCUAAUAAUUCUGACUUCAACUGUAUGUAAACAUGUUAUAGAGAAUUGUAUGUAUUUUAAGUUCAGGUAUUCAUAUGUAUGCUGAAUGUCAUUUAUAUUUUGGUAAGCAAAUGUGAUGGUAAAGACUGGAAUUAAACAAUACUGCCCUUUUA